AUGCUCAAGACAGUAGGACGUGUCACCCAGGCAAAUACUUCGCAACAGGGUCUCGCAGGCUGUUCCUCGACCAGCUGCAGUCGCAAGGCCUGCUCGGUCCUCGUCGAGAGUCCAAUCACGUCUGCCAGUAUCGUCACCUACAGCACCCUUCGCUUCUUGAGCCCGUAUACGUUUCGCUUAGUACACCAUUCAAGCCCAAGCGCACGGACCCAGAUCCACAAGAAACCCUGGUCGACUUUGGACCCUACCGUCUUCAACCAUCCAAUCCGACGCGAUAUUCCUUCACCUCUGCGUCGUACAAUACCGCGACUCCCUCCGCCAAGGGUCUGCAAACACCAAAACUCGCGGCGAAGUUCGCGGCUCGGGCAGGAAGAUUCGCCCUCAAAAGGGCACGGGAAAGAGCACGUCUUGGAGAUGCUCAGAGUCCCUAUGCUCAGAGGUGGAGGUAUCGCGUUCGGUCCCAAGCCGCGCGAUUUCAGCACCAAACUUCCCAGGAAGGUCAUUCAGAUGGGCAUGAGGGUUGCGCUCAGCGCAAAAGUCAAGGAGCAGCAAUUUGGUGUCAUGUUCAGCAUGGAUUGGCCGGAACCCAAGACCAAGAGCCUCGCCAAGAGGCUGGAGGAUCUCGGCCUGGAUCAGACGUUGUUCGUCACUGGAGAGGAGGAGAUUCCUGUGACUUUGGAAAGAGCCAUUCGAAACAUCCCAAAGGUGAAGCUGACGACAUCAAAUACGCUGACCGUUCACGAGCUACUCAAGUGGCGACGCAUAAUGCUAGAUGCCAAAGCGGUGGACUUUUUUGAACGGACAUUGUCACGAACUCCCUCUACUGUCGCCCACUAA